ACAUCGAACACACCUGGGCGUUGAUCUAUAAUACUUUAUUAGUUAGUUUACAUUUCUGUUUAAAUAUAACAAUACACUCAUGUACACUCCUGCCCACUACACAUACAAUAUGAUGACAUUAAAGCUGAACUAUUAUUUCGCGAUUGGGGAAACUCCCAUAAAGUAGAUCGACAUUGAGAAACAUUUUUAUAACAGAGUACACAGCUCUUAGUUCCGCCAUCUUGCCAUUCCUCGUCGUGACCACAGCAAGAGAAAAAACUCAGUUAUUCCACUGUAAAAGCGCGAGAAAGAUUUAUUUCAGGACAGACACAUGACAGUUUGCUCGUGUCUCACCACGUGGUUCAGACGCUGGUCCUGUACAGGGGAGACCACUGUCAACAAUGUCUGCUCAUCCGUCGUCUGCUCAGGGUAAGCGACCUAAAGGAGGAGGUGGUCGUAGAGGCGGUGGUCGGGUCAAAGUUUACCUACACGCUGUGACUGAUGAACAGGCGGCACUACUUACAGAUACAGUGAACACACGCCCCCUGGAAGAGGUAAAAAAGAACACAGGCGCUGAGGUAGAGUUUCACCCCAACCCCUCACCUGUACCAGGUAUGAAGAUUCUUAUCAUCCGCGGUCUUCCUUCUCAGAUCGAGGCUGCAGUCAGGCUGAUCAGCCAGAAGAUUGGUAUAAAGGACCCAUUACCAGACCAGGCCCAGACAUUCUGGCUACAGUGGGUGGAGGCCGCCCAUUCUAAGCUACUGAUUCGUAUUUAA